UCUCUCUCUAAAAUCAUCUCUUCUUUUGUCCAUAUCUUCCAUCUUCUUUGAUUCUAUUUGACCGGCGGCCGGCGGCGGCGAGGUGGGUUUUCCGGCGAAAAGGCCGGGGAAUUUUGAUCGGAGAUGGAGUCGACGGGGAUGAAGAAAAGAUUGGGUAUUUUAUUAUUUAUAGUAUUAUCUACGAUGGUAAGCGAUACGGCGGCGUUUAGAAGUGGACAUAGAAACGCUUACGCGACUAUGAUGUAUAUGGGAACGCCAAGAGAUUAUGAGUUUUAUGUUGCAUCGCGCGUUAUGCUUAGAUCGCUUAAAAAGCUAGCCGUCGAUGCAGAUCUUGUUGUCAUUGCAUCCGUUGAUGUUCCUCUACGGUGGAUUCAAGCUUUCGAGCAAGAAGACGGUGCAAGAGUAGUAAAAGUGGAGAAUCUAAACAACCCGUAUAAGAACCAACCCAAUUUCGAUAGAAGAUUCAAACUAACGCUAAAUAAACUCUACGCGUGGAAUUUGGAGGAUUACGAUAGAGUAGUCAUGCUCGAUGUGGACAAUUUAUUCCUCAAGAAAACCGAUGAACUAUUCCAAUGUGGUCAGUUUUGUGCUGUUUUCAUCAAUCCGUGUAUCUUUCACACGGGACUCUUUGUACUCAAGCCUUCCAAGAAGGUUUUCAAUGAUAUGAUUGGUGAAUUGGAGAAUGGAAGAGAGAAUCCAGAUGGAGCUGAUCAAGGAUUUAUUGGAAGUUAUUUUCCUGAUUUGCUUGAUAAACCUAUGUUUGAUCCACCUGUUAAUGGUUCAAUUCUUCAAGGGAUGUAUAGACUUCCUCUUGGAUAUCAAAUGGAUGCUUCAUAUUAUUAUCUAAGGUUGAGAUGGAAUGUACCUUGUGGACCUAAUAGUGUUAUUACAUUCCCGGGUGCGCCAUGGUUGAAGCCAUGGUAUUGGUGGUCGUGGCCCGUUCUUCCACUCGGGUUGCAAUGGCAUGAACAACGUCGUCAAACAAUCGGGCAUGGAGCGGAGAUGCCGAUUGUAAUAAUCCAAGCAAUAAUCUACCUAGGAAUAAUCGCAAUGACAAGAAUCGCCCGACCAAACAUAACAAAACUAUGUUAUAGAAGGUCGGGCGACAAGAACAUAACCAUGAUACAAACAUGUCUUAAAAUGGCAGCCUUGUGGUCAAUACUAGCUGCAUACACGGUUCCAUUUUUCAUAAUCCCUCGAACGGUUCAUCCAAUGGUAGGUUGGGCGGUUUACUUGUUAGGAGCGUUUGCGUUAUCAUCUGUUGCGAUAAACGCGUUUAUUCUCCCUUGGCUUCCGGUUUUAGUUCCCUGGAUUGGAAUUUAUGGUGUUUUACUUGUGAUGGCGUUUCCUUGGUAUAAAGAUGGUGUGAUUCGAGCAUUGGCGGUUUUCGGUUAUGCGUUUUGCGCGGCGCCUGCGGUUUGGGGUGCCUUUGUUAAGGUAAUGGCUUGUCUUCAAGUUUCGAUUGAAAGGGAAGCAUUUAUCAUGCCGAGGUUGGGUGAAUCGAUACAAGAAUCUGAGUUUAACAAAUUGUAUUAAUCAUAUUAAAAUUUUUAAUUUUAUUAAUAUUUAUGAUGGUUAUUAUGGUUAUGGAUCUUCUCUUAUUAGAAUUUGGUACACAAAAAAAUGUUUUGUAUAGAAUAUUAAUUGAUUUUGUUAAAGGAUGGAGAUGAUAUUUUUAAUUCAAUUUA